UCUGUAGUCACCUAGCAACAACCAGGGUCUCUGUCUUCCAGGGUCUCUGUGUUCCAGGGUCUCUGUGUUCCAGGGUCUCUGUGUUCCGGUCAGAUCAUCACUACCACCACCUAGUCCUGUUCUGCUGGGACUACACACCUCUACAGCGAGAUGGAUGCUGAAGGAGUCAACAUGGAGAGGUUUCCUACAGGGAACCUGUAUAGCACUGUAGAGGAAGGAUUGAGACCUACUACUCCCGGCAACGGAACCAAUGUCACCACUGAUUUCUACGGCAGCGCCGACUAUGACGAGGAGUACGGGGAUGAACGCUGCUCUAAGACAGACGUGGUCAGGUUCGGAGCCCUCGUCACACCCAUGGUCCUCUCCGUGGUCAUUGUGCUAAGCCUUGUGGGUAACCUGCUGGUGCUGGUGAUUCUGGCCAGGUACGAGCAUCUUCGGUCACUGACAAAUGCGUUUAUGAUGAACCUGGCGUUGUCUGACCUGGUGUUCACCUGCGGCCUCCCCUUCUGGGUCUCCUAUCACCUGAUUGGCUGGAGCUACGGUGACCUCACGUGUAAGGCGGUUAGCUUCCUGUUCUAUGCUGGCUACUACAGCAGUGGCAUCUUCCUCAUCCUCAUGACACUGCAUCGUUACCUGGCCGUGCUCCACCCCCUGUCUUACCUGGUGUCAGGCCCCUCCCACUCUCAGGGCACCUGGAGCGCUGUCGUAUCAUUGGUCGUCUGGACCGUCAGUCUGUUAGCUGCUAUGCCAGCUCUCAUCUUUACCAAGUUCAUCAUCACUGAUUCUACUGACCUUAAACACCCUCUGGACCCUAACAACCCUGAUGGGCCUAGUGACUCUAACGCCCCUAGUGGUGAACAGCGGUACUGUGAGGUUGCAGAUGUCAGCUGGAGGCUGUGGGGGGUCUACCAGCAGAACAUCCUGUUCAUAGUGACAUUAUUAGUGGUGUGUGUCUGUUACAGUCAGAUUCUAGUCCGCCUCCUGAGACCCAGGGUUAGGGUUAGACGCCAGAGGAGCGGAGGAGACAGGAGGAGCCACAGGACCGCCAGGCUGGUCUUCGGCCUGGUCCUGGUUUUCUUUGUGGGCUGGGCGCCGUACAACGUGGUCAUCUUCCUCAGGACGCUGGUGUAUAGGAGUCAAGAUGGUGGCGGUGCUGAUUCAUCCACAACACUAUGGGACGAGUGUGGCACCAGCAUCACGUUAGACUACUCCUUCUAUGUGACCAGGCUGCUGGCGUUCUCCUACUGCUGUCUCAACCCGUUGUUCUACGUGUUCGUUGGGGUCAAGUUCCGGAACCACCUGGAGAGAAUGUUGAAGGGUUGUUGUCAUAGUGUUACCGUUGUCAAUAACAACAACAACAGCAGUGUUCUGUACAGGAGCAGCAGACUGACAUCACAGUCCAGCGGGGAGGAGUUCUCACUUUAAAUAACAACAACAACAACAGU